AUGUCGCUUGUGGUCACUGCGGCCGAACCCGAGGUCACAGGACAAUAUAAGUUAUACCGUACCUGCAGUCUGAACCAACUGUGCGGCGAUGAUUGGAAACGUGUCCGCUCUAUCGUGACGCCUAUUUUCUCGUCGGGAAAAUUGCGGCGAAUGUACCCUCAGAUUAGGCAAUGUUUGGCGUCACUUCUCAACUACGUAGACGUGCUGGCUGAAAAUCGCCAAGAAUUAGACAUGCUCGAAACGUUUAGCAAGUUUUUGCUAGAUAUGAAUGCUGCAACAAUUUUCGCUACAAAACUAAAUUUGUAUAAAUCGGCGACAGAUGGCAACACUACUAGUGAACACCCGUUUGUUAUCCACGCGAGAGAAAAGUUUGUGUUUAAGGCCUGGAAAGAGAUGGCGUCACUUGUGUUGCCACAGUUUGUCCUUAAAUUGAUACGUUUAGCGGAUACAAAAGCUGAUCAAUUUUUCCAGGGUUAUAUCCGAAACAUGUUAAAAGCUAGACGCGAUAAUCCGGGUAAAAAGCAUCAGGAUUUUGUUCAGAUGCUUAUGGAUGCUGAAGUAACUGAUAGGAAGCCUGGAGAUGCUAGUGCCACCACUCGGGAUGAUAAGGAUAAUAGCGAACUUGAUCAUGUUAAUCAAGGCGAGGAAUCGUUAGCCGUCGAGCGAAAAGUGAUGGACAUUAAGAUUAGGGACAAACGUUUGACGGAAGACGAGAUCCUCGCCCAGGGCUUCCUAUUCAUGUCCGUCCCCUUUGUGGCCACCGCAACCAUACUCGCGUCCACGACAUACGAGUUGGCCCUAAACCCGGACUGUCAGCGCCGCCUACGCGACGAAAUUACAGGCGCUAUCAGCGCCACUACCGAUGAGAUAGCGUACGACGUGUUGGCACGACUACCCUAUUUGGAUGCCGUCGUGUCGGAGUCCCUGCGCAUGCACGGCUCACCCCUAUCCCUGUUUAGGUACCCCUCCGUUGACUAUAAUUUAGGCGAUACGGGUAUUACUGUGAAAGCCGGCACACAGAUUGAAAUUCCCGGCUACGCCGUACACCUGUCCGAUGAGUAUUAUCCCGAUGCUUUUAAGUAUGACCCUGAUAGAUUUAUGCCCGAGAAAAAACACCUCAUUAAGCCCUAUACAUACCUGCCCUUCGGGGGCGGCCCUCGUAAUUGCGUUGGUAUGCGAUUCGGGUUAUUACAGAUCAAGCUAUGUAUGGCUCAUAUGGUAUUGAAGUAUCAGUUCUUCAGGACUCCCAAAACGGACGUCCCGUUGCAAUAUCAACGGUCUCUACAAAUGGUGUACCCGAAGCGUAGCACCUGUAGACUUCUAUGCCUUAUGGGGUUUGUCUACCAGGCGUAUGAAAUAAGUCACCUAUACUUUUCAUACCAAACCAUCACUAAUGUUAAGUAUGAAGUGGAGGACAGCCUAUCACUACCGGCGAUAUCUAUAUGUGUCAACAAAACCCUGUCAUUAAAACUUGACUUUUUGGAGCAAUUACUCGGAAAACUACCUCAAAAUCUGUCGCAUAUUAACUUUGACUCACCCUGGAAGACAUUGGUAACUAAGACUAUCCGGGAUCAAUUUGACGCCAUACAGGAGCUGAGUGAGUGGGUUGAUUGUCAAAUUCAACAUACAGGUGUUGUUGGUAACGACACCAUGAAUUGCGAGGCUAUAUCGCCUUAUAAUGAUACGUGGAUACGAGCCCCCUAUCUAAGCGUACACUACGGCAAAUUGUACAAGUAUAAUCCGGAUAAUUUUAUGGACGCGUGGUGGGAGUGUCAGGUAAAGUUUUAUAAAACGGUAGUCCAUGUGAAGUACAAACCCAACGGAAAUAGAUGUCUUUACGGCGAAACUCGUGAGGAUUGUAUUAAUAGUUGUGUGAAUAUGUAUGUUAUGGCUAAUACUACGAAGUACCCGGGUGAUCUUCUAUGCUAUAAUAAGACAAUGGAUGCCAAGUACUAUAUGGCACGCCAUUUACCAUACUUUAAGGCUUACGAGGAUUCAUGUCGUGAUAAAUGCUAUAAAAUGAUUGAAUGCUACGAAGAGUACUAUCGAUUGGAAAGGAUGUGUUUCUCAAACAAAAAGCUUCAUACGAUAUACGUGUCCCAAAUGUCGGCGCCGACUAUCAUAUACGAGAUCUCGUAUAAAAUGACUUUAGAGGAGUACAUGUGUCUAAUGGCGAGUGUUAUGAGUCUAUGGUUUGGGUUAUCUGUCAUUAUGUUCACCGAAACCGUAGUCAAAGUGUACGCUAAAUGUAAUCAGUAUUAUAGCACCCGGUUUGUGGUCAUUCGUAAUGGUGUGUUGUAUAUGCGUAUAAUAGGCGUCACGAUAGAGCGGACACGUUUCCAAUCAUCGCCGCACAGUUGGUUCAGACUGCGGGUACGGUUCGAGUAUUUCGGCGCCCAUACUAUGUUCCGGUCGACGAACACGUGGAAGUCCUUCACCAGAAUUAAUUUGAUUAGCUCCGGGUCGGCCACCCUUAGCACCGGAUAUAUAAAAACAAGUUUGGAGAUAGUGUUGAUCACAGGCGCCAAUCGAGGCAUUGGACUCUCAUUAGUGCGACAGGUGUUGACCACAACUCACGCCAAACAUGUCAUCGCAACCACUCGUCAGUCGUCUCACCCAGAGUUGGAUCAAUGA